CCAAGAUUAGGGCGGCGUAGGGUAAAUGGUCUAAAACCCUAGAAGAGGCGAGAAGCGCGAGAGAGCGAGAGGGGCGAGCUAAACGGCGCCAUGGCGGACGACGACAGCAAGGACAUUGCCACAGAGAUUGGACCCUUUGAUCCCACCAAGAAGAAGAAGAAGAAGAAGGUCCGGAUGGCGGAGGACGAGGAUGGCGAUGGCGUGGAGAAGCUAACGGAGAAGGUUGAGAGUCUCUCAGUGUCUGUGUCUUCUUCUGUGGAUAACUCCGCCGAGACUGUCUUUGCCGGGAAGAAGAAGAAGAAAAAGAAGCCUGUGGAAGCUGAUGUCGCGGAAGAGGAAAACUUGGAUGCUGCCGAGACUAAUGGGCUCGAAGAAGGCGAAGACGAGGAAGGAGAAGGCAUUGUGCUGGGACCGCGAUAUCCUUGGGAAGGAACAGACCGAGAAUACUUUUAUGAAGAGCUGCUGGGACGUGUGUUUAACAUUCUCCACGAGAACAAUCCCGAGCUCGCUGGGGAGAAGAGGAGGACGAUCAUGCGGCCUCCACAGGUGCUCCGAGAGGGUACGAAGAAGACGGUGUUUGUCAACUUCAUGGAUCUCUGCAAGAUAAUGCACCGACAACCCGAGCACGUCAUGGCUUUUCUCCUCGCCGAGCUGGGAACGAGCGGCUCGCUCGACGGACAGCAGCGACUUGUUGUCAAGGGGCGAUUCGUGCCGAAGAACUUUGAGGGGAUUCUGCGUCGAUACGUGAAUGAAUACGUUAUGUGCAAUGGCUGCAAGAGCCCCGACACUAUUCUUUCGAAAGAAAACAGGCUCUUUUUUCUACGAUGCGAGCAAUGCGGGAGCUCUCGCUCGGUUGCUCCUAUCAAAGCUGGAUUCGUUGCUAGAGUGGGGAGGAGAAAGGUCACCACGGCUUAAACUUAGAAUGAAAGAGUGUAUCGUUUGUCUGGACACGUCCUUUCGUGGAAUGGAAUAUGCCUGUCUUGGUCUUGAGAA